CAUUCAGAUGCAACAUUCUUCACGUCAAACAUCAACCAGGAGGAAUUAUCUGCUUUGAUGUAAAGAUGCUUGGAAAUAAAUUGUCACGAAUUUACAUAAUAAUUUCAACCGGGUUACUCACACUUUUAGUGAUAAAAUGGCAAUUACUAAAGACGGUGAAAAUUAAUACUCUUCUUGAAAAACCAAUGUCGUUAUUAUCAAACGAGAAGUAUGAUACAGGGCGAAUGCUGACACAAAAAAUAACGUGUUUUGUGUGCGAAGACAAGGACUACGGAAAAAAAUGGAAAUUUUUAACAGAGGAUGGACAAUGCCAAAAUGAAAUGUUUGAACUUUGUUUCAGGAAUUUAACAAAAUAUCGACGGCGUUCGUUAAAAAUUGCAUCUAUCGUAAGAAGAUGUCAAUUGGACGAUUGUGAAUGUGACAAUCAACCGUCACAUGACUGGUGUGUGACGUCACAUUGUAGUGUAAAGUUCGUGUGUUGUGAAGAACAAUACUUACGAUGUUCAAGGAUAUAUAAUUAUUGGCUUUACACGUAUUUUAGGACUAACACUUUAAAUUACAGUUAAGAUAUAGGUGAAGUUU